UUACGGAGCGCUUCCUUUUUCUCUGCGGCCCGGUGGACGCGCGUUGUUCUGAGGCUGAGUCCUCUGCUGCAAUCCGUUUUCAUCCGUCUAUAGGACGCCCCAUCUCCACUCAAAAUGACGGAGCAGAUGACCCUUCGUGGCACCCUAAAAGGCCACAGUGGCUGGGUGACACAAAUUGCCACAACCCCGCAGUUUCCUGACAUGAUUCUGUCCGCGUCCCGAGAUAAAACAAUUAUCAUGUGGAAGCUAACUAGGGAUGAGACCAGCUAUGGUGUCCCACAGCGUUCCCUCAGUGGCCACUCUCACUUUAUUAGUGAUGUAGUCAUUUCUUCUGAUGGUCAGUUUGCCCUUUCUGGUUCCUGGGAUGGAACUCUACGACUUUGGGAUUUGACAAUGGGAUCGACUACACGUCGAUUUGUAGGUCACACCAAGGACGUACUGAGUGUUGCCUUUUCAGCUGAUAAUCGCCAAAUUGUGUCUGGUUCCCGUGACAAAACUGUAAAACUGUGGAACACAUUAGGUGUUUGCAAAUACACCAUCCAGGAUGAAUGCCACAGCGAGUGGGUAUCUUGUGUUCGCUUCUCGCCAAAUAGCAGCAACCCCAUCAUAGUCUCCUGUGGCUGGGAUAAACUAGUUAAGGUUUGGAACCUAGCCAACUGCAAACUGAAAACAAAUCAUAUUGGGCACUCUGGCUAUCUGAACACUGUUACUGUUUCCCCUGAUGGAUCCCUGUGUGCUUCUGGAGGCAAGGAUGGUCAAGCCAUGUUGUGGGACCUUAAUGAAGGCAAGCAUUUGUACACGUUGGAUGGUGGUGACAUCAUCAAUGCCUUGUGCUUUAGCCCCAAUAGGUAUUGGCUCUGUGCUGCCACAGGUCCAAGCAUUAAGAUCUGGGACCUGGAAGGAAAAAUCAUUGUGGAUGAACUACGCCAGGAAGUGAUUAGUACCAGCAGUAAAGCAGAACCUCCACAGUGCACAUGUUUGGCUUGGUCUGCAGAUGGACAGACAUUGUUUGCUGGUUAUACUGAUAACCUCAUCAGGGUUUGGCAAGUCACCAUUGGAACAAGAUGAAGUGUUUCUUGCAAGAAGAUACAGAGAAUCUUUACUUGUUCGGGCUUAUUCCUGAAAUAAAAUAUUGCCUGUUUUCAA